AUGGCUACGAAAGUCUCACACUAUUUGCUUGAAAUCCAGACUGAUCGCACGGAACGCGCUUAUGCGUCGGCGCAGGAGUACAAAGAGGCUCUGGAGGCCCUACGGAGGAACACCGGCGUUGAACGCAGCAAGCCUCAGAGGACGUUGGAAUCAGAAAUAGUGAGGUCCGAAGAAGUCUUGCAAGAGCUAACUGGUGAAAUCCUCCCUGAUCCGUGGGAAUUGAACAACACGGCCAAAGCUGAUGUCGAGUUGCUCUUCUUCAAUCGUGUACCUAAAGUUGGCAGUCAGACAUUCAUGGAACUGCUUCGGCGCUUGGCUAUAAGGAAUCAGUUUGGUUUUCAUCGUGAUGCUGUUCAACGGGUAGAGACGAUCAGACUGGCUCCGGCAGACCAGCAAAUUCUGGCCAGUAUAGUAUCUGCUCAUGCGCCCCCAGCUUCCUAUAUCAAGCAUGUGUGCUACACAAAUUUUACACGGUUCGGCUACCCUUCACCAAUUUACGUUAACGUAGUCCGAGAUCCGAUAGAACGAGUCAUAUCGUGGUACUACUACGUCAGAGCUCCCUGGUAUUACGUGGAACGAAAGCGAGCCUUCCCAGAUCUGCCUCUACCUGAUCCAGCCUGGUUGAAAAAGGACUUCGAAACGUGCGUGCUGAGUGGUGAUAGAGAAUGUCGCUACAUAGAAGGAGAAACCCACGAGGGGAUUGGUGAUCAUCGCCGACAGACACUCUUCUUUUGCGGGCACGAGCCUCAGUGCACACCAUUCAAUACCGUCGAAGCCUUACAGCGUGCAAAACGAGUAGUGGAACAGCAAUAUGCAGUGGUGGGCGUCCUGGAAGACAUGAACUCAACAUUGUUAGCUUUGGAGAGAUACAUACCAAGGUUCUUCAGGGGAGCACUGAGAACGUACUGGGAAGAGUUAAACACUUUCAACCGGAUCAACCGAAAUGCGUUCAAACCACCAGUCUCCGAGGAAGUGAAGAAUAUUGUACGCGCGAAUUUCACACGAGAGAUCGAGUUCUACGAGUUCUGCAAGCAGAGACUUCAUAUGCAGCUGAAGGCCUUACGAGAUCCAAGUAUAGCGAUACCACCAACACCUAGCGAUAGACCAAGAUUAUAUGAUAGAUUAUAA